ACGGGUGCCGGAGAGGCCUUUGCGGAAGUCCAUGAGCCAUUGGGAGGGACUCGGCUAUUGCCGAGUGCCCUUGUUGCCGAGGGCCUCUUCCUGGGUCAUUCCUGGAGCCGAAGCGGGACUGGGGCCGACACGGGGGCGCCCACGUGGCCGUCUGGGCGCCUGUGUGACCUCCCCUCCCGCGGGAUGUGGCGACUACGUCGGGCCGCCGUGGCCUGUGAGGUUUGCCAAUCCUUGGUGAAACACAGCUCUGGGACAAAAGGAAGUUUACCACUCCAAAAACUGCAUCUGAUUUCACGAAGUAUUUCUCAUUCACAUUGUCCUACCUUAAAGCUUCAAAGACCCCAAGUGAAAACAUCAUUUCAGCAAUUCUCUUCUUUAACUAACCUACCUUUACGUAAAUUGAAACUUUCUCCAGUUAAAUAUGGCUACCAGCCUCGCAGGAAUUUCUGGCCAGCUAGGUUAGCAGCACGACUCUUAAGACUUCGGUAUCUCAUACUGGGAUCUGCUGUUGGGGGUGGCUACACAGCCAAAAAGACUUUUGAUCAGUGGAGAGAUAUGAUACCAGACCUUAGUGACUAUAAAUGGAUUAUACCUGACAUUGUGUGGGAAAUUGAUGAGUAUAUUGAUUUUGAGAAAAUUCAAAAAGCUCUUCCUAAUGCAGAAGACCUUGCAAAGUUAGCACCAGACCUUGACAAAAUCGUUGAAAGCCUCAGCUUACUGAAAGACUUUUUCACCACAGGUCACAAAUUGGUUAGUGAAGUCAUAGAAGCUUCUGACCUACUUCUCUUGUUAGGUUCACCUGGAGAGACAGCAUUUAGAGCAACAGAUCAUGGAUCCGAAAGUGGUGACAAGCAUUAUAGGAAGGGUCUGCUUGGUGAGCUCAUUCUCUUACAACAGCAAAUUCAAGAGCAUGAAGAAGAAGCACGCAGAACCGCUGGCCAGUAUAGCACGAGCUAUGCCCAACAGAAGCGCAAGGUGUCAGACAAAGAAAAAAUUGACCAACUUCAAGAAGAACUUCUGCAUACGCAGUUAAAGUAUCAGAGAAUCUUGGAACGUUUAGAAAAGGAGAACAAAGAAUUGAGAAAAUUAGUAUUGCAAAAAGACGACAAAGGCAUUCAUCAUAGAAAGCUAAAGAAAUCUCUGAUUGACAUGUAUUCUGAAGUUCUGGAUGUUCUUUCUGAUUAUGAUGCUAGUUAUAACACACAAGAUCAUUUACCACGGGUUGUUGUGGUUGGAGAUCAGAGUGCUGGGAAAACAAGUGUGUUGGAAAUGAUUGCUCAAGCACGGAUAUUCCCACGAGGAUCUGGGGAGAUGAUGACACGUUCUCCAGUGAAGGUGACUCUGAGUGAAGGGCCUCACCAUGUGGCCUUGUUCAAAGAUAGUUCUCGGGAGUUUGAUCUCACCAAAGAGGAAGACCUUGCAGCAUUAAGACAUGAAAUAGAACUCCGAAUGAGGAAAAAUGUGAAAGAAGGUUGUACUGUGAGCCCUGAGACUAUAUCCUUAAAUGUAAAAGGUCCUGGACUACAGAGAAUGGUGCUUGUUGAUUUACCAGGUGUAAUUAAUACUGUGACAUCAGGCAUGGCUCCUGACACCAAGGAAACUAUUUUCAGUAUCAGCAAAGCUUACAUGCAGAACCCUAAUGCCAUCAUCCUGUGCAUUCAAGAUGGAUCUGUGGAUGCAGAACGCAGUAUUGUUACAGACUUGGUCAGUCAAAUGGAUCCUCAUGGAAGAAGAACCAUAUUUGUUUUGACCAAAGUAGACCUGGCAGAGAAAAAUGUAGCUAGUCCAAACAGGAUUCAACAGAUAAUUGAAGGCAAACUCUUCCCAAUGAAAGCUCUGGGUUAUUUUGCUGUUGUAACAGGAAAAGGAAACAGCUCUGAAAGCAUUGAAGCCAUUAGAGAAUAUGAAGAAGAAUUUUUUCAGAAUUCGAAACUUCUAAAAACAAGCAUGCUCAAGGCACACCAAGUGACCACAAGAAAUUUAAGCCUUGCUGUGUCUGACUGCUUUUGGAAAAUGGUACGAGAGUCAGUUGAACAACAGGCUGAUAGUUUUAAAGCAACACGUUUUAACCUUGAGACGGAGUGGAAGAAUAACUACCCUCGCCUGCGAGAGCUUGACCGGAAUGAACUGUUCGAAAAGGCUAAAAAUGAGAUCCUUGAUGAAGUUAUCAGUCUGAGCCAGGUUACACCGAAACAUUGGGAAGAAAUCCUUCAGCAGACUUUGUGGGAAAGAGUAUCAACUCACGUGAUUGAAAACAUCUAUCUUCCGGCUGCACAGACCAUGAAUUCGGGGACUUUUAAUACUACAGUGGAUAUCAAGCUUAAACAGUGGACUGACAAACAGCUUCCUAAUAAAGCAGUAGAGGUUGCUUGGGAGACCCUACAAGAAGAAUUUUCCCGCUUCAUGACAGAACCCAAAGGAAAGGAACAUGAUGACAUAUUUGACAAACUUAAAGAAGCUGUUAAAGAAGAGAGUAUUAAACGCCACAAGUGGAAUGACUUUGCUGAAGAUAGCUUGAGGGUUAUUCAGCACAAUGCUUUAGAAGACCGGUCCAUAUCUGAUAAACAGCAGUGGGAUGCAGCUAUCUAUUUCAUGGAAGAGGCUCUUCAGGCUCGUCUGAAGGAUACUGAAAAUGCAAUUGAAAACAUGAUAGGUCCAGACUGGAAAAAGAGGUGGAUGCACUGGAAGAAUCGGACCCAAGAACAGUGUGUUCACAAUGAAACCAAGAAUGAACUGGAGAAGAUGUUGAAAUGUAACGAGGAACAUCCAGCUUACCUUGCAAGUGAUGAGAUAACCACCGUUCGGAAGAACCUGGAAUCCCGAGGAGUGGAUGUAGAUCCAGGCUUGGUAAUAAAUAUUGCUGGAAACACCACAUCUGCAUCUUUUAAUAAUUGCCUCUUAAAGUACAGUGUCACUACUCAUGUAUUCUUAGAUAUCUAGGGAAUUAAAUUUUACUUUGAUCAUGUUUUGAUUAUGUGAAGGCUGGAAUGCAAUGAUGUGAUUUUAUUUUGGCGAAUACAACGCAUGCUUGCCAUCACUGCAAAUACCUUACGGCAACAACUUACAAACACUGAAGUUAGGCGAUUAGAGAAAAAUGUUAAAGAGGUAUUGGAAGAUUUUGCUGAAGACGCAGACAAGAAAGUUAAGUUACUUACUGGCAAACGAGUCCAACUGGCUGAAGACCUCAAGAAAGUUAGAGAGAUUCAAGAAAAACUUGAUGCUUUCAUUGAGGCUCUUCAUCAGGAGAAGUAAACUGUAUUAGAAUCCUCAUAACCGCCUCUGCAUACAUCUGAAGAAACAAAACGUCAGUCUUUUGUCCUGCCUCUCUUCCUUCUGCUAUUCCACCUUCUUAAACAUACAAUAAAAGUCAUAGGGGAAAAUAA